AUCAAUUUCAAAUAUAAUUGAUAAACUUAAACGUCUAGUAUUCCCAUAGUAGUAACUUUUGCGAAGAAUAACGGAUCAUAGUUUUUACGAGAAUGAUAAUGAGCCAAGUAUGCGCGUGUGCACUGAUGCUGUGUGGAAUUACAUUAGCAACAAAUUCGUGUAAAAAUUCCACAAGGAGGUGUGUUCCUAUCGUCGGUCCCGAGAGUGAUAAUAUUUGCGUCUCGAUUUCCAACGGAACUGGUGUUGACUGGUUUCAAGCUAAGAACGAGUGUGAAGCGGAUGGUGGACGCCUCGCACAUAUCGGGAACUACAGCACAGAACAUGGUUUGACUACAGUUGCACAUGUGGCGCAUGUUCGUGUUGGAAUUCUUGCAUCUGUUCGAGGAGAUCAAAUGACAUUCAUGCGAAACACAAAUGAGACGUUCUGUACGAACAAGACGACGCAGAAGUGCUCCUCAACGAUGUCCCCAUCCGACUGCAAUGCGUUGGGAUGUUGCUUCAAUGGUACCAUUUGCCAAUACCCAGAAAAACAGUUUGUUGCAACCAUUGAUCUGAACUCGACACGUCUGCACAGUUAUUUCGGCACAGAACGUUUGUGCGUGCAACUAUACAGCAAUAAGUCUUGGAGUCCUUACAACUGUUCUGAACCAGGAGAUGCAGAAACCGUAUACGCAUGCGAGCGAAAAUGUUCGACUAACUGGCCCUUGGAAUCAAACGAAAAUGUUUCGUGGGUCGCACCUGGAGCGAUAUCGCCUUUGAUUCCGGAAUAUGCAACAACCGGUUCGGCAGCCCAUUCCGCGUCAGUAAACACACCUACCGCGAUGUCUUCUAUUGGUACUGUUAAAGAAACUUCGAGUGACGGAAAUCAGAAUAUUGCAUGUCAGUUCAACGUCCAGGUGCUUCGGAUCGUGAAAUUGCUGUCAAUGUCAUUUACGUGCUCAUAAACAGAAUAGACAAUGCCUUCUUUGGAUUUGGGAUUCUUUAACAUUUAUGGAACCUGUUUCACAGAAUCACAAAAACAUAACAAUUUAAAAGGUCGUCAUGCAUUUCGAUAGAAAGUAUACUCAAGCAAAAGUACACAGUGCGUUUCAUCGAAAGUUAAGAUGAAUUUAAGAUAUUUAAAAUGCGCAGUUGAGCUCACAAUACCUGAAUGAAAAAGACCGGGGUCGAACGCAGGCACAAGCGAAGAAAUGCUUUAUUUUGACUACUUGUUAUAUCAUGUAUGUUAGUAAAUACAUUUAAAGACAUAUUUCGCCAAUGUGAAAUCUGAGAACAGGUAUCUUAAACAAAAUGAUAAGCGAUGAAAUAAUCGUUUGUUAUAAUUUGUGUUUCAAUAAGAUUUUAAUAAAUGUUUCUUUAGUCUGAUAAUUAUGUAACGGUAUAUGUUUAUGCUUGAAAGUACUUGAUAUAUUUACCUGCAUGUGCCUGUUUUGUCCGCUAUUAAAAUUACAACAUAUACCAAAUAUUUUUAUAAAACAAAUGAUGAGAAACCCAAAUAGUGUGUAACGAUAGUAUACUAAAGCGGAAAGAUUAAAAUCUUUAAAUGAAGCAAUUUUAGUAAUUUAAGCAGGAAAAGAAUAUUAGCUAAUAUCAUAUUAGGCUUUUUUAUGUCUGGCCUUAUAGUAUUGGAUUGGUUGUAUUGCAACUAAAACAAUAAUAAAUACUGUGUACCAACAAAGA